AUGGACACGAUAUACGAAGUUUUGGCAGAAAUAGAGAAGGAAAGGGGGUACAAGUUUGACUUGCUGAUAUGUUGUGGGGACUACCAGGCUGUGCGGAAUUAUGGUGACCUCCAUCAUAUGCAUGUCAGCGAGAAGUACCGAUCUUUGCAAACUUUCUAUAAGUAUUACUCCGGGGAGAAGGAAGCACCGAUUUUAACUAUCUUUGUGGGAGGCAAUCAUGAGGCUUCCGGCUAUUUAUCUGAGUUACCCAAUGGUGGUUGGGUUGCUCCGAAAAUAUACUAUAUGGGCUUUGCAAAUGUGGUAAGAUUUGCGGGUCUCCGAAUUGCUGGCUUGUCAGGAAUCUACAAUGCCAAAGAAUUCAAUCGUGGCCACUACGAACGUCCACCGUAUUCUGAUCGCUCCGAAGUAAUAUCCUCAUAUCAUGUUCGGAAUAUCGAUGUCUGGAGACUAAAACACUUGAAACCGGCCGAUGAUGACUACACCAGUAAUCCCAUCGAUAUAAUGGUGACCCAUGACUGGCCGGCCGGUAUUGUGGAUUAUGGUGAUAAGCAACUACUUCUGAGGACUAAGCCUUUCUUCCAUCAUGACAUUGAACAUGGGAAUCUGGGGAAUCCUUCUACUAUGCAGAUUCUUUAUGAAACUCGUCCGCGUUACUGGCUGUCAGCACAUUUGCAUGUCGCCUUCGCUGCUUUGGUACCGCACAAAUCAAAAAAUGGUGCUGAAGAAGCCGCUCCUACGCGUUUUUUGGCCUUGGACAAGCCUAUUCCUAGACGACACUUUCUACAGAUUAUCAUAUUGUAUGAAAAUUUACAGGCAUUGGAGCUGGAUAUCGCGGAUGAUGCCGAAUUGAAGUUGUCGUAUGACCCGGUCUGGCUAGCAAUUUUGAGAAGCACGGACGGUUUCACCAGUAUAUCUCGAACUAAUGCUUUCUUACCUUCUGCUCGUUCGGAAGAGCGAUCGGAUUUUCGACCGACUGAAAGCGAACUGGCUGCUAUCGCAGAGUUGGGUGAUCUCACGAUCCCGGAAAACUUUAGACAAACUGCACCGCCACUGAAGGAGGACACUCCAAGGGCGCGGCUCGCUCCGUCGUCUUCUUACUAUAGAAAUCCACAGACGGCAGAGUUCUGUUCAUGGCUCGGAAUCUCCGAUAUCAACAAAAUGCUGGCUGAAACCAACCCAGAUAACGUAGCUAUUGCUCACUAUAUGGUGGAAGAGAGUUUUGCUGACACGAGUGAGAUCAACAUUGACGACGAUGUGAGCCUUUUUGCUCGCUUCUCUUUCACUAAUUUAUCUCAAAUAGUGGAGCGAGCGGCGGGCUUCCAUGAGCUGAUAUGA